GGACCAGGGGUGGGCUGACCAUUUGAGCAUUCGGGCACUGCCCGAGGGCCCGGGGUUAGUAGGGGGCCCAUGAGAUGCCCCUGGUACCUUUUUCAUAGGCUUUUUUGAGUGUGGGCAAGGACAUAGAGCCCCUCUGAUCCCCUAUUGCCUUGGGGGCCCCGUGAGUGGUCAGUCCGUCCCUGAUUAGGACUAAUGGCACCUGCCUGUGGGUCUGCAAUUCUCUGUGUGGGUGUAGGGGGCCCCAUGAGAUGCUCCUGGUACUUUUUCAUGGGCCUUUUGGAGUUUGGGCAAGAACACAGGGGCCCCAUGAUCCCCUAUUGCCCGGGGGACCCA